GUUCAGGGGUCAUGGGACCGCCAAGGCGGAAGUGGAACCGCGCACCGGAAACGGGCAGAAGCUGCGCGUCUUUUACAACAUCACCACCAUCAACAUCAUCAUCAUCACAUCAUCAUCAUCACCGCCGCCACCACCAUUGCUAAGGCUACAUCGUCAUCACAUCUACAACAUUAACAUUACAUCCACUAUCACACCCUCCCCCCCCCCCUCUCAUAAUUGUAAUCAACUCUUCAUCGGCACCAUCACCUCAUCAUCAGCAUCGCUAACCCUUCAUCACCGAUACCACUACAUCAUCAUCAUCAUUGCAUCCACAUCAUCAUCAUCACGUUGUGUGCAACCUCGUCACGGUCCUCACGCCGCAGUCGCCUGCUACUCCUGCGCUUCGCUGGGCCCGCGUCUUUCGCGGGAGACGGAGACGGAGCGGAUGCGUCACACACGUGUACCGGCGGAGCUAGAGCAAGUGCCGCCCCUGUACCCCGGCGCCGGUCGUGCUGCUGGCGCUGAGAAGAUGCCAAGAUGAGGUCGUCGGGAGGAGAUCGCGCCAGCGAGUCCUGCCUUCCGCCCAAGAAGCGCGAGCUGCUGCACAGCGCUGACGCCCACGAUGGCAGCACCCACCACGGCUUGCCGCCGCCGGCACCGCCGCCCCGCCCGCCGGCGCUCGCCUCGCCCUGCGAGCGCCCCUCGCCGGACCGCCCGUCCUCGGAUCGCGCCGCCGAGGGCCUCUCUUGGCUGGAGUCGCUCGCGGCGAGCCAGAGCCAGUCGGGCCGCGCCGGCUACUCUCCGCCGGUGCUUCUGGCCAACGCCGGCGACGCUUACGGCGACGCCUCCGUCGCCAAGCAUCCACCGCCAGGCCUCUACAGCUGCUCCCCCUCGCCCAUCGACUACUCGCCGGGGGCGGCGUCCGCCCGCACCUACGUGGCGGCGGCGGCGGCGCCGCUGGUGGCCGUCUAUUCCACUUCGCCGCUGGGACACGGCGCCGUCUCGUACUCGUCGGGGUUGCAGUACCCGCCGAUACAGUACAUUGGCGGCGUGCCCUAUGCGACCGCCGCGUACCAGUCGCAGGCCUUCCUGCACCACCCCUCCCUCGUAACGGCCCGGCCAAGCUCGCUAGACUCGUACUCCGCCAUGCUGGCCGGACUUGGUGGCUCGCAGCAGCAGCUGCAACAGCUGCAGCAGCAGCAGCAACAACAACAACAGCAGCAGCAGCAUGGAGGGGGGCAGGCAUAUGGGAACCCCCAGGCCAUGCUGUCUUUCCUGGCAUCACCCGCGGCCGCGUACGGUGUACCACGCGGAAUGCCCUCGCCCGGCAUGCCCCCCAUGCCCAUCCACCCGGCGCUGUUGUCGCCGGGGCCCGGCAUGGUGGGCGUGGCGGCGCCGCCGGUGUCCGCCUCGCUGCAAUACUCGGAGGCCAUGUACCGCAUGAGUCUCUCGUCGCACCCGUCGCCGCCGGUGGCCGGCGACCGUCUGGGAAUGAAUGAGCCGGCGACGGGUGGCGGUGACUGCCACAGAGGUGGUGGCGGUGAGCGGCACGGCUUUGGUGAGCGACACAGUGGCGGUGGUGAGCGGCACAGUGGUGGCGGUGAGCGGCACGGUGUUGGUGGCGGUGAGCGGCACGGUGUUGGUGGCGGUGAGCGGCACGGUGUUGGUGGCGGUGAGCGGCACGGUGUUGGUGGCGGUGAGCGGCACGGUGUUGGUGACGGUGAGCGGCACGGUGUUGGUGGCGGUGAGCGGCACGGUGUUGGUGGCGGUGAGCGGCACGGUGUUGGUGGCGGUGAGCGGCACGGUGUUGGUGGCGGUGAGCGGCACGGUGUUGGUGGUGGUGAGCGGCACGGUGUUGGUGGCGGUGAGCGGCACGGUGGCGGUGAGCGGCACGGUGUUGGUGGUGGUGAGCGGCACGGUGUUGGUGGCAGUGAGCGGCACGGUGUUGGUGGUGGUGAGCGGCACGGUGUUGGUGGCGGUGAGCGGCACGGUGGCGGUGAGCGGCACGGUGUUGGUGGUGGUGAGCGGCACGGUGUUGGUGGCGGUGAGCGGCACGGUGGCGGUGAGCGGCACGGUGUUGGUGGCAGUCAGCGGCACGGCGGUGAUGGCGGUGAGCGGCCGCCGCUCGACCGGGAGGCAGCGAAUGGCGGCGCGGCGGCGUGGAGGGAUGCGGCGCAGUACGCGAGCUCGCCCGAGUUGGUCAUGGACCUGGCGGCUGGGGAGCAGCGCUCUCCGCUCACCUUGCAGAUCCUGGGCCGCAACCCGCGCUGCUCCGUGCUGCAGGUGCUCGACACCGGCGCUCGCCGCUCCCCGACUCCGGACCCGGACGGCGCCAUGAGGCCCCGCCGGCCUGCACACCCCUCCCCCGACGGCGCUGGCACCGCCGCCCCCCCCGCGGCCUCUCACGCCACGUCCUGGCGCCACGGUGACGGCGCGGGAGCGGUGCAGCGGCGCGCGACCGGAACCGGCGGCGCUCGCUACGCCGCCGCGACCGCGCCUCCGCCACCGCAGCAGCAGCACCACGGCGCCGCCCACCUGUACGGAGCCGGCAGGGCCUCGGCGGGAAAACCACCGUUGCACGGCGUGCCUGACCAAGCGCCGGCCGUCGCCAGGGACCUCGGGAUCGGCUAUCAGGACGGGCACGGCCGCGCCGGGCUGCACCGGCCGCUGCCGGCGCCGCCGCCGGCCGACGCCUCGUCAAUGACGGAUUCCGUGGCCCGUGACCGCGCCGGGGCGCCGACGAUGCAGAGGCCCGACUCGGCGUUCGAUCGCCGGCACCACCACGGUCACGCGGGGGGUCAGGCGCCGCCGCCCGCGACCUCGCCGUCGCCCGUGCCCACGCCGCCGCUGCCCCCGCACUUCACGCGGGGCUCGGUGAUCGCGCUCGCUGGCGGGGGGCUCAAGCGCGUGGAAGAGCUGCGCACCGAGGACUUUGUGUGCAGCGCGGAGGCGAGCGGGGAGCUGCGUGUCGACUCGAGCACGCUGGCCGCCAUCCAGCCCGCCGCGCAGGCCCGCUGCAACCUGCUGCACUUCUCCGUGGGGCCCCAGCGCUUGCAGGUGACGGUGCAGGUGAGCGUGGAGCACCCGUUCUUCGUGUUCGGCCGGGGCUGGGCGUCGUGCGAACCGGAGCGCACCGAACGCGCCGCGGGGCUGCGCUGCUCACGCUUGCGCGUCGGCGACGUGUGCGUGUCGCUGGCGCUGCGCUCCGAGCCGUCGGGCCUUAGCGGCGCCGAGGAGCCGUCUGCGGCGUGGAGGACGCGCGGCGGCCCCGUCGCGCCAGACGCCGGCGGCAGCAGGAACCACCGCGGCGGCGGCGGCAGCGCCGCGCCCACGCCGGCCACGGGGGUGGCGGUGUCGGCCGCCGGCGGUCGGACGUGGUGGAGGAGGGAAGGUGGCGCCUCGCCGGUCCCCGGCGUGGCGGAUGACCGAGGAGGAGAAAGGGGGGUGGGGUUCACCGGGAGGGAUUGCGAGUGGUGGGGCGGCGGCGGGAGCGGCGGCGCGUUCGGGGGCCCGCCGGCACGGCCGUCGCGCAAGCGGCGCUGGUCGGCGCCCGACGUUCGCGAGCCGGCGCCGGCCCCAUCGGACGCGGCGCCACCCUCCUCCCCUCCCUCCUCGCCGCGCCCUCCCCCCGCGUUCAUCCCGCACCAGCUCAAGGUCUCCAUCGAGGGCCGAUCCAACACUGGCUCGUAGGCCGUACGGGCGGUGGCGGCGGUGCCGGGUGAGACGCGCGAUGGCGCGGCCGGCGCCCUCCCCGGCUGCUGGGGAUGAACGUCGGUGAGCGUGGCCCCAGCUCGGUGCGACGUGGCAUGGUUUAGGUGGCGCGUGUGGUGUGGGUGGUGUGUGCGCGUGUGCAUUGGGGUUGGUGUGUGUGGUGCGGUGAAGAGCGUAUGCUGUUGUGUGGCGUGCACUGGACCAGCAUGAGCGACCUGGCCCAGCAAAAGGGUAACGGUGUUCCGUUUCAGUUGGCGAUGAGCUCCGUCUCAGGUUUUGUAACCGCCGGUGACGUGAGCAUCUCCUUAAUACAUUCUUGUAGAAUUACUGAUUAGCAUACAGCCGCAGAGAUCCUGUCAUUUUGUAAUGGGCAGCACACUGGACUUGCAAUCCAGAGGUCGCGAUGAAGCACAUUUCUUAUAUCUCCCCCUCCCCCCCUCGUCUCUGUCCACACGGCAGUUAUAGACGGGUACUGCACAUAUGGUCAGCAGGGCGCUUGUGAUGGGGUGCGUCUGACUUGCGUGGCAGCGUAGGCCAAUUAUGCCACUGUGGUGAGAUGUUAAAUACCUCGCCUGGUAUGCAGGAGGUCGUGGGUUCGAGCCCGACCCUGACGCCUCGAAAUUUGGAGUUUGCGCGUUCUCCCCGUGGUUGCGUGGAUUCUUCUCCGGGUCCUUGGUUUUUUUUUGUCCCCUCCACAUUUAGAAUCAACGUUUCGCUUUCGGGAGUAUUUCGACGCUAUAAAUUUCCAUGUGGUAAGUCACUUCACAGGGGGCUGUCAUUCGUGAUGGCCAGGUCGCGUCUGAAAAAGAGCUACACAGUUCAGUGGGCCUUACCCGGCAAAGCAGAGGUCGCAAUCGGGUACCCGAUACCCGUACCCUACCCGAUACCCGGCUACCCGUACCCGGCCAGGGGAGGGUACGAGUACCCGUUUGCGACCCUGGUGCGGCCGGGUACGGGUACGGGUAGGCCGUGAGUCACUGGUGAGUAACCGUUUGUCACUCAUUUCGGGUAGGGUACGGGUAGAGUAUCGGAACCCGUACCCGGCCGGGUACGGGUACCCAUUUGCGACCCUGGUGCAGCCGGGUACGGGUAAGGAAUCAAAACCCGUUUGCGACCUCUGCGGUAAAGUAAAAAAAUACGUAGUUAUUUUUUUGUAAAUAAAAUACUUCUAUUCCACAUCCUCCGUCACAUCGUACAUUGCAACAUCCUGACGUUCCGGUCGGCAUUACCAGGGGGGGGCAUCGACAGGAUGAGGCACACCCCGGACUCAUCAGAGCAGGCGGGAGGAAGGAAUAAAGUGGUGGCGGGUUUAACGACACAUUUAUAUAUUUUCGCGAUUUAACCCAAAGAAACCUGUAUGAUGAAUAAUCACAAUUACACUUAUUUUGCGCUUUUCAUCAAGGAUCGCAGAACACAGCAGCAGCAGGCACUCGGUGGGAAAUAAUAAUUAUAUUAUGAAUGCGUUCUUAAAAUCCAUUUAAUAAAUGAACUAAAACGUUAAUUGGUGGAUGCGCAUAUAAAUAGGUCUUAAGACUAAUUUUUUUUUUAUGUCCACGGACUCGGGAGAUCCAUCUGAUAUCUCGUGAAAGAGCGUUCUGUAGCUUGGGGGCUACACGGGGAAAAUCUCCGUCACCCAUGGACCGAAGCCUCGACCUGGGAAUGCAGAAAGAAGAUCUGCAUCAUGCCCAGAUCUUCGGGACCUUGAGGGGGGACACGUGGGUGCAGCAUGUCCGUGAUGUAGCCUGGGACAAGAUGGUUCACUGCUUUGUUAAGUUAACAAUACGAUUUUAAACUGUGUUCUUUGUGAAACUGUAAGCCAGUGCAGGGAGGCAAACACGGGCGUAAUACGAUGUGAAGGAGGCGUUCUGGUUAACACUGUAGCAGUCGCAUUUUGAACAUCCUGCAAAUUGAUCAGCACCUUCUUCGCCACGCCAGGGAGUAGUAAUACAUCCACAGUAGCCUAUGCGAGAUGAGAUGAAGGCAUGGACCAGCUUUUCUACGAACGAGGUAGAGAGAAGGGAUCGGAUAUGGGAGAUAUUCCACCGGGUGGAAAAAUUAAGUCUUUGUGAUCAAUGUGAGAUCACAGAUGACCCCGAGAUUUGUGACUUCUUGUGCCGGACUGAUUACAAUACCGUCAAUUGUAAUGUUCAAGGGUGCAGCUUUAUGAAGUUGCUGGGGUGAGCCAAUGAGCAUCGCCUGCGUUUUAACACCGUUCAAUUGGAGGUAAGGCCCCACUGAGCUAUGUAGCUCUUUUUCAGAAGCGACCUCGCCACAAAUGAUAGCUCAAAGAGGUGGACUGUCACUACUUGAAAAUUUAUAGCAGCAAACUACUCUGAACGCACGUUGAUUUUAAAUGUGCUGAAAAAAAACUGGAGGACCCGGUAAAAAAUCCACACCACCACGUGAAGAGAGACACAAACUCCAAGUAUACUGGAGGUGUCGGGAUCGAACCUACGACCUCCUGUAUACCGGGCGAGGUAGUUAACAUCUCUUAGCCACCGUAAUUUGGUAACCCCCCACUCGUUCCCGAUGGUUGUCGCACAACUCGCUGCCGAUUGGCCACGUAAAGCGAUUGGAACCGCUCGUGAAAGUUGACGACACCUUGGGCCCGUGCCGGGGUUGGAUGUGUUUCGAGGCGAAGGAGGUAUUGACCGAUUUUUUUUUUUUGCGAGAUGAGUCACGAUGCGGUGCGCACCGGGUCCGUACCGGCCGCGGCGUUUUUUUUUUGGAGGGAGUGAAUUACAGUUUUAUUUUUUAAUAUAUGUACACACGCACCCGCGCGCGCGCGCGCGCGCACACGCACGGAGCGUGUCCCGCGUUUUUGUCGAGACCACGACCCUUGGCGGGACAGGCUUGCGAGUAAUUUAAAGCAAUCGUUGACGUUUAUACUGUUUCUUACAAGGACGCGCGCACCGCUGUGUUGCCGGCACAGCGUGCGCGCGCGCAACGGCGCAAGCGGCCGUCUCGGCGUCUUGCCUUACCGCGUCUUCUCCCGUGGCGUGGCACCGGUGGUGGUGGUGGGGAGCCGUGGCUUCUCGUGGUGGUGGUGGUGGUGGAUGGCAACGUGGUGGGCGAGUGUUUGUGGGACUGGUGAAUGUGGUUACGCGCUGGUGAGUCUGGCAACCGGUGAGUUGUGGCGAAGGUGUGCUCUCGUGCCCUCACGUGCUGGGACAGCAGUGAUGUCCAGGGGCACGCUCCGGCAAGACCCUGCGGGGCCACCCGUACCACCUACCUCCCUGCAUAGCACAGUAGCACCUCCCCGUAGCCCACAGUGGCACCUCCCAGCAAAGCGCAGUGGCACCUGCAGCCCUGCGUCCCUCCUCAGUGUCGCCAUGUAUCUGAUGUCCAAUCGAGGCGCACGGCCACGUGACCGUUUCCUCGAUCGGCUCGGCACGGCUAAGCACAGUUUCGCGACCAGCUGCGUAAUUUCUCACCGAACGUUGUCCGCACAGCUGCUAGACUGGCAUUGGGCGACACACGACCAGUCGUGGCCACGGCCAUAUCGAGAGGAGGUAUAGUGGACGGUGUGGGUGCGCGCGCGUGUCUGCUGGCUGCAGAGAUAUUGAAUGGGUCGCCGACACGGACACACCCGCCGUGCUCUACGACCGUGUGUGUGCGCGUGCACACGUGUGCACAUUCAAGUGUGUGUGUGCGUGUGCACACGUGUGCACAUUCAGGUGUGUGUGUGCGUGUGCACAUUCAGGUGUGUGCGCGUGCACACGCGUGCACAUUCAGGUGUGUGUGUGCGCGUGCACACGUGUGCACAUUCAGGUGUGUGUGUGCGCGUGCACACGUGUGCACAUUCAGGUGUGUGCACGUGUGCACACGUGUGCACAUUCAGGUGUGCACGCGCGUGAAAGUUCGAUCAUCCAAACCCCACACGCCCUGGAUGCCCUUGAUUGCUGGAGAGCACGAGCGAGCGUGUGCACCACACGCGCGAGUGUGUGCACCACACGCGCGAGUGUGCACCACACGUGCGCACCACGUCCGAGUGGGUGCUUCCGUUACGUACACCGAGGAGCGUGAAAGGGGCAGACCUAGGAUUCGUGUGUGGCCGGAGGGGGGGGUGACUGACAGCUGCCACUGGGUCAGCACAUUGAAACGGGUAGCGAUGCGUGUUGCUGGGCGUUUUUGAAUAACGAAUCGUCGUGUUUGCAUUUAACGCGCGUGCAGCCCUCUCGUUGAUCCACUGCUGGAUGAGAGGACUCCCAACGCCGUGCGGGUCUCGCGGGGGGGGGGGGGGAGGGGGGGUUAUUUCACCACCCCUCACCACGCCGGUUCGUGCGAGCUGGUGAAGGCAGGGAGCAUGGAAGUAGGGUACACAGCGAUGGAUCACUGCGACACUCCCCACACUGAAUCGCGGUCUCCAAUUGUCACGGUGUGAGCUAACGAUGCUGCUGUUUUGUGAAUUAUAAUUGACCUCGAGUGUGGUGGAGAGUCUGUAGCCCGCGGUUUAAGCGCUCGUGUCGUCAUGAGGACGACGGCGGAAGGGUGAGAUGUGCGGCCCUGUGUGGGGCUCUGAACUGUUGCCCCGAGUUGUGGUGGCGGCAAUCGUAGGGGGGUGUGGUGGUGGUGGUGGUGGUUGUCCGGAAGUGGUGGCGGUGGCAGAGGAAGUGGUUGUGUCUGAUGUGGUGGUUGUGGUUGUUGCUAGAAGUGGUGGUUGUGGAGGCGGAGGUGGUGAUGGCGGCAGUGGUGGUUGAGAUGGUGGUGUUGGUGGUGAAUUGUGCUGGUGACAAUGGUGGUGAUGGAUAUGGUGGGGAGAUGGCAGUGGCGAUGGAGAUGGUGGUGGUGAUGAAGAUGGUGAUGGUGGUGGUAGUGGAGAUGGUGACGGUGGUGGUGGUUGUGGUGAAGUUGGUGGUGGUUGUGCUGAAGUUGGUGGUGGUUAUGGUGAAGUUGGUGGUGGUGGAGUUGGUGGUAGUGGAGAUGGUGACGGUGGUGGUGGUGGUGGUUGUGGUGAAGUUGGUGGUGGUUAUGGUGAAGUUGGUGGUAGUGGAGAUGGUGACGGUGGUGGUGGUGGUGGUUGUGGUGAAGUUGGUGGUGGUUAUGGUGAAGUUGGUGGUGGUUGUGGUGAAGUUGGUGGUGGUGGUUGUGGUGGAGUUGGUGGUGGUGGCGGCGGCUGGCCAAGGGCGCCGUGCUCCGUGCCGUCGGCUACUUGCACUUUAUUGAAAUAUAAAUAAGUAGAUAUUUGCGAAGGGGUGAAUAAAACAAAAGAAUACUUAAGCCAUCGUCGAACCUUCCACGUGAGAAAGUGAUGAAAAUGCUGUCUCGUUCUGCACACACCCCUUUUUUGAAGAAUAUAUUUUAAAAGAAAAUUAAUCUCUGGGGGGGUCAGAGUGGGAUUGGUUUGGGGGGGGGCACUUGUAUUUUUCCCAUUAGUUCGCCCCUUCCCCCCCUCCUCCCCCCUUCCCACUUUUACGCGUAUAAUGUGUAUAUAAGCAUAUAUAAGAGUUUACAACGGACUUGUUUUUUACCGAGGAGAAUCUGAUAUCGGAUGCGUGGGGGGUGGGGGCCUUUGUGAUGAUGGACGCUUGGCCGAGCGUUUGGCGAGGAGCGGAAACCGCUUGAGUGGCGCGCGGUGUGCGAGGGUUGCCCUUUCGCGAGCGUGCCCCCCACAGUUUUGACGAUGCCCGGCCAGCCUGGAAGAGUAGGCCAUACGUCCCCUCUGGGCGGCGCUCGAGUUCCCCUUAAGCCUUUCCCGUUGCGAUGACGUACACGCGUACUCCCGUCGGCUUUUCUUGCGGCUCCGUUUGCCGGUGACGUGUAUGUCGGCGAUGUGCACGUCACGUGUCUCAUCGGAGCCGAACCAUUUCCGAGGCUCCCACAAGGCCCCACGGGGGGGGGGGGGAGGGGGGGGGAGUGCUUUUGGCACAGUUUUGGCGCCGGCUAUCGUAGAGUCGCGGCGGUCGUGUCGCUACGGUUCUCUGCGGUGAGCAACGGCGUCUUGAAAAAUGGCAGCGCUGCUACUACGACGCGUCUCUAAAACAAAUUGAACGCCGAGCCUCUUGCGCCUUCCCAAGAUUCGGCGGCUGACGGGACACACACCCCGCGGCCUGCAACUUGCAGGACGUCUCGGGACGGCAAUGGGUUAAGUGGAGGCCCUUCCACCAUCACGGCUGCACGUUGACAAAGUCUCAUCCGCCCCCACCACCGCCUGUCCAAAUCGGAGAUACCUGAGCCUCCCUCCUUUUAAAGGUAUACAACGUAGAUCACACUAUACAGCGCACAUGGAGCGUGCACGUGUCGCCCUCCUUAUCACUCCACUGUUGGGUGAGCGCGUACUCGCCCGCGUAGUGAAGUACGGUCGAAUAACCCCUCGCAUAUCGUGUAGCACGAUACGAAUAUUGUAUCGUGUCGUGAGACCCGGGGAACAAUGCGAAAUGCAUUGGUCGCCGAGUUGUGCGGACUCGUUUAUGCGUGUGUGUGUGUGCGUAAAGGUGCGUGUGGUUUACUGUGUGUUGUGUGUAUUUUGUGUAUAUGGGGGGAGCGGUGGUGUAGCGGUUAGCGCGCUGCACUACGAACCCGCCGACCCCCAGUUCGAUUCCCGCUCACGGCCAACACCGGUGACGAAUAUCUGAACCGGCCCCAGGCCUCUUUUCCUAGGUCGAGUCUGACUCAAAUGAGUACCUGGUGUGGGGUGUAAACAUUGCCACUAGGGAGACAAAGGCGGCCGGGCGUGGUGUUGGCCACCCACCCACUUCGUGUGCCGUGCCGGCUUUCAUAGGUGCUCGCUAACAGCACUUGCCCCAACAGUCUGUCUUUGUGUGUGUGUGCGUGGGGUCGUUGUGUGUGGGGAUGGGGGUGACGCUUCUCCCGGCUUCUCAUUCACAACCCCCUUUUUUCUCCCCCAACUACAAACUGAGCCACGCCGGCGCCACGCCGAGAUUUUCGGCCGACUCGCAGCUCCAGAAAUCUCCGUUGAGUAUUUUUUUUAACUCCCCCCCCCCCCCCCCCCCACUGCAGAACCUGAGCCACGCUGCUGCUUCUGCUGCCGCCGUCGCACAAAGCCUAACGAGUCGGAGCCACGCGUCGUUAACCCCAGGCUGCUGGACCCCCCGCCCCCCUGCUUGACCUCCCCCCCCCGUCACUGCUUGACCUCCCCCCCCCCCGCCACGAGCCAGAUUCGGAUUUAGCUCACGGUUUGGUUGCGUCCCGGCUCGCCAAAACGCGUCUUCUGUGAAGCGACUGUUGACGACGGACAACGGACGGUCUCGACCUCUCGCGGAGAGUCCCUCGGCCCCAACCGCCUCGCCUCGUCCUCCUGCCAGCUGAUGAUCCAUCUCCUUCCCUCUCCUUCCCUCUCCUUCCCUCUCCCCUCUCCUUCCCCUCUCUUCUUCUCUCUUCCCCUCUCUUUCCUACUUCCACCCCCCCCCCCCCCCCCCCGCAAGAAAUCCAUCUUCAUUAUUUAUCAAGCUUAGCCUCUCUCUCUCUCCUGGGAUAUGCGCUGCCCACCUUUCUUCUCAUUAGACUUGUCAGUAAUUCCCUUUUUCUUACCGCGCCAGUGGCAAGCCCCCACUGGCACACAACAACUUAAGUGUCCCAAUGGGGAAAGGGGUAAUUGAGGGGAGGCUGAAGAGAGCCGCCCGCUGUUGUGUGCCCCGAUACCACAUCGCCCUUGCCCGGGCUGAGCACGUGAUGGCUCUGGGGUUGAUCGAAGCUUCGGUUGCCGGGCAGCCGGUGUCCCAAAGUCGCGGUUCGGUGAUUUGGGGAGCCACCCAUUGGCCGCGUGGGGCCCUUUGCAUUGUACCGUACGGCUCGGCAGCGUCACCACCGUCGCCACCGCCACCACCGUCACCACCGUCACCACCACCACCGUCACCACCACCACGCGUUCUCCCCCCCCCACCUCUCCGCGAGGGCUCGUGGACCCGGCUAUCCCACCCGCCUGUGGACCAGGGGUGUCAGCAAAAAGCUCCUACGCCCCAACCAAGGCAAUUGUAGGCCUUGCUCACGGCUCGCCCCCUUCAGCUUGGCUCGGCGAGCCGGCACAGAGCCACGCUUCGCUCGAGCCAGAUCCGAGCACGGGCCCAGCCAUGCCCAGGAUUUCCUUGCGCUGAGGUUGUGCCGAGCCGUCGCUUGGCCGUUGGUGCGUCUUCGACAGCAACUGUGAAGUGGCUUCAAGCAACUCAACUGAGGCACGUUCGUGGCCGACGCGAUUCGUGCCUCUCGGCGUUUGUACGUGCGGGCCGGCUGGCCGUGGUUUCUGGUCGGUGUGGCGCGUUUACCAAACUUCACCGUAAUAUGUACCAUGCCAACGGUGGGAAGCGUGUUUUUUAUGAAUGGGGCCUGUGGCAUGCUGGGUGUGUGUGUGUACGUGUUUGUGUGUUUUUGAUGCGAGGGGGAGCAGUAGCGUAGCGGUUAGUGCUACGCCGCGCUACGAACCCGACGACCCGAGUUCGAUUCCCGCUCACGGCCAACGCCAGUAACAAUUGUCUGUGCCGGUCGUGAGCCUCCCCUAGGUCGACUCAGCCUCAAUUGAGUACCUGGUGCAAUGUGUAAACAUCGCCACUGGGGAGACAAAGGCGGCCGGGCGUGGUGCUGGCCACCCACCCCCUUGUGCUCCGUGCCGGCCUUCAGAGGUGCUGCUCGCUAACAGCACUUGCCCCUACGGUCUGUUAAAAGGCUACACAGGGGACCUUUGUCUUUGUUGUGGUGGUGGUGGGGGUGGUAGUGGUUGCUGGGGAGGGAACAGCAGUAAGAGGAGUUUAACGCUGGCGAUGCAGCUAAGGAGGGAGGCCUGCGAAGCACACGGAGAGGCAAGUUAUGUAUUUAGCAAAUAUUACAUUAAGAGUGCACUAUUUUGCAUAACCUAUUUAUGUAAUACAUAUACCACUUUGUACCCGCGUGGAGAUAUUUCUUAAUAACACUUGUAUAUUUAAAAUAAUCGGUGGAUGUUGGAACGGGCCCUUUUUUUCGGCCUCACAUGACCUAUACGUCACACUGAGCUAUGAAUGAAGAGAGACUGUGUCUCGGGGUGAGAGGUUGAACCCCCUCCCCACCGUAUGAACCAUUCGCUGGCUCCUAUCUAUAAUAUUGUACGCUAAGACCGAAUGGUCGUGUGUGUGUGUGCGCGCGCGUGCGAGGAGCGGUAUCGUGGCGGUUAGCGCGCCGCUCAACGAACCCGGCAGCCCGAGUUCGAUUCCCGCUCACGACCAACACCAGUGACGAGUAUCUGAACCGGUCCUGGGCCUCCCUUAGGUCUACUCAGCCUCAAAUGAGUACCUGGUGCGGCGUGUAAACCACAUCGCUACUGGGGAGACAAAAGCGGCCGAGCGUGGUGACGCCCACCCACCCCCUCGUGUGCCGUGCCGGCCUUCGUAAGUGCUCGCUAACAGCACUUGCCCCAACAGUCUGUUAAAGCUACACGGGCGGAUCUUUGUCUUGUGUGUUAAAUAAAUGACCCAAGUACUAAUCCUCCUUUCUAUAAAUAUUCAACGGACACCCCCCCCCCCCCCACAUCGCGUGAGACGCACAGUGAGACAGAUUCGGCGGUGUGUGCCACCGGGUGCCGUGGCGGUGUGUACGGUGGGAACCGGCCGGGAAACGACCACGCUUCACAGCCGUAUGGCAUCAACCCGCACCGGGCACACGGCGCGUCGCCCCGGCACGAUACCACCACUUCGGCGGCGGCGGCAGCAUGCUGGCGGAGGUAGUUUCGGUUGGCCCGGCAUUCCCAAUGUCGGUAGCUGCUAUCGACGUGCCCUGUUGCAGGUCUCGACUGGCUGGAGUGCCGGGAGCUGUGGUACAGGCAGGGCCUUCGAAUGCUUUCCCCCGCCUGCCGCGUGGCUCUGCGGACACGGUGCCGUGGGCUCGGUUCGCGUGGAGGAAGGAUUCCGUCUCUUGUUCUGGUCUUUUUGGUGGGUGGGUGGGUGGGGGGGAAAUUGCCGAUUUCAUUUUCGCCAACCGAGCGGGGACUGGGCGAACCUUGCGGUUUGCCGGCCGUUAACUUUGCGACGUGAAAUCCUCACCCCGUGUGUCCGGCUUUUCCCAGACGCUGGGUAAACCCUUGACGAGUUAUUUUUCCGCGUGAUUAAAAUUCACGCAAUUUGACAUUUCGCCCCGCCCCCCCCCACACACAUCGCUCUGCGCGACAUUUUUAUCGGUGGAUUCAGUGCCUACGCGGACAACGGGCAGGGUUUGAAUUUUUCACCGUAGUGACCCAGAGCCCGUAACGAGAGGUAUACUGGAUGUGGUGUGCCCAGGGGCUUAAUUUAACGCAGAAUAUUUUCCAGGUCACUGGUAGACUGACUGCAGCAGGCGGCAUGUGACUACAGUAGUAAGAGCAGCCGUAGCAAUGGGUUCCUGGAUAUGCGUUUUUGUGUGUGUGUGUUUGUCAUGCACAAAAAUUGUUUUCUCUGGUGUCUCCCAACAAGACCUGGACCCAGACCUGGCUUAAAUUAAUCCCUGGGUAGGAGCGUUCGGUUAUCUCGUCGGUGCGAGGUGGUGGCACGCGAUCCGCACAAUUUGUGAAUGGCGGCACGACUGACUACCUGCGCUUGCCGCGGCUGCCGUGCCGCUGACGUGCGCGCCUGCGCGUGAGUGAGCGAGCGAGGGGAUAAAACGUUUCCCGGAGAAACCCAGUUUCGUUUUUUUGUUCCGUCGUUGCCCCUUUUGUGGCACGACGCUCGGCACGACGCAGCCCAGGACCCGACAUUCGGGUCUCUCACCUUUGCCGCGACCGUUUCGGCCGGCUGGCAGACCCGACGGUCGGACGGACGUACGGACGGUUCGACGGACGCGUACCUGCAUUGGCGCGACGCCGUAUCAAGACGCCCGCCACCUUGGGUUUUGGCACCGUGGUGGCACAGUGGUGGUGAAUGCUUCCGGAGCCGCGCGGCGCCAUUAUAAAUGUGCCUCCCCGUAUCGUUUGUGGCGUGCGCGUGUGUGUGUGCGUGCGGUGGGCUCGCAAAGAGCGGCCUGCAGUCGUCAAGUAACAGCAAUAUCUUAAUUCUUAUCUCAAUGGUCUAUAUAAUAAACAUUUUUGUCACAUGAUAUUUUGUCACUUUUUUAAUGUAACAUUAAUAAAAA